UGAUGAUGCCAAUGGAGACGGAGAGUGAAAUCGACGAUCAGAAAAGGCGCGUUGCUAAAAGGCAUUCGAAACCAAUAAUUCACAUUUCCAUCAUUCAAUGAAUUUGCUACCAAUUUGGUUUUUGCAUCCAUGGACGACCACCAAUAUUGCCACCCGACCAGCCACCACUCUCUGUCUCUCUCUAUGUGUAUACUACGAUGUAGAAAUGUAAAGCUUUUUUGGCUCUUCGUCCCGUUCCUAACAGUCCUAAUGCGCGUGAGCGCGUGGUGUGUUGUUCAGAGCUCGAACAAAAUAAUAAACAAUCAUGGUUUUUUCAACAUCUUCUUCCCAGAAGAAAGGCCUUCAUGCCCUCCUUGCCUCCAAACUCAGUAAGCUCACCAUCCCAUCUUCUUCUUCUUCUUCAUCUCAGAAUUCCACUUCCCAAGACUUCGAUUUCUCUGAAGUGUUUGGCCCAUCUACCCCAACCCCACAUUCCCAUCUCCAUCCCAAACCCAUUGAUCAUUCCACAUCAUCGUCAACAACAACAUCAUGUACGGUUGUUCAUGGGGACGCACAACCUUUAGUAAUUCACAACCGGUCCCACUCCUUUGUGGGUCCCUCUCCUCGCUUAGCUACCACCUUUCACUCUCCUUCUUCUUCUCUGCCUUUUACAACAACCCAUGAAUUUGAUUCCCAAAGUGAAGAAGAUGAAUUGGAAACUGAGGAUGGGAAUGGAGAUGGUGGUUGUGGUGUUGUUAAUGAUGGGGAAUUGUUGGGGAAGAGUCAGAUUGUUGCGGAGAGUGGUGUGGGUAAGAUUGGGCCUGGUGAUUUUGAGAUCCUGAGAGUUGUGGGUAGAGGUGCGUUUGGGAAGGUGUUUCUGGUGAGAAAGAAAAGCAAUAAUUGUUUUGAUGGUGGAGAUGGGAUCUAUGCCAUGAAAGUGAUGAGGAAGGACACCAUUAUAAAGAAGAAUCAUGUGGAUUAUAUGAGGGGUGAGAGAGACAUUCUCACCAAAGUUGUGCAUCCCUUUGUUGUUCAGCUCCGCUAUUCAUUCCAGACCAAGUUUAAGCUUUAUUUGAUCCUGGAUUUUAUUAAUGGAGGACAUCUUUUCUUUCAUCUGUAUCGGCAGGGCCUCUUCAGUGAGGAUCAGGCAAGGUUAUAUACUGCUGAGAUAGUAUCUGCAGUUUCACAUCUUCACAAGCACGGGAUCGUGCAUCGGGAUCUUAAACCUGAAAAUAUUCUUAUGGAUGCAGAUGGGCAUGUUAUGCUAACAGAUUUUGGACUAGCGAAGGAAAUUGAUGAUUCAAGCAGGUCAAAUUCAAUGUGUGGGACCACAGAAUACAUGGCUCCAGAAAUCUUGCUGUCUAAAGGCCACAACAAGGAUGCAGACUGGUGGAGCGUAGGAAUACUCUUGUAUGAGAUGCUAAAUGGGCAGCCUCCAUUUACCCAUGCAAAUAGAAAGAAACUUCAGGAGAAAAUCAUCAAAGAGAAAGUGAAACUUCCAUCUUAUCUUAGCACUGAAGCUCAUUCUCUGCUCAAAGGAUUGCUGCAAAAAGAACCGUCAAGAAGGUUAGGCAGUGGACCUACUGGAGGGGAUGAGAUCAAAAGUCACAGGUGGUUUCGAGUAAUCAAUUGGAAGAAAUUGGAGGCCAGAGAACUGCUUCCAAUGUUCAAGCCAGAAGUGAGUGGAAAAGAUUGUACAGCCAAUUUUGAUAAGUGCUGGACAACAAUGCCUCCAGACGACUCGCCAGCUCCGACACCAACUGCGGGUGAGCAUUUCCAAGGUUAUACCUAUGAGGCACCCAACCCUUGGCUUUCAUCUCAACAAACUGAAGGCUUCCACAUUAGAAAAACAAGAGAGAAUCAGGAUGAAGGAAGCCCGAUGUGAAUUUCUCCAUCCAAAUUGUAAAAUUUACUCUUGAAGCAGAAACUCCAUAAGCCUAGACAUGAAAAGUAAGGAGAAGAAGGACAACGCGCUUUAUGAGAACUCAAUGAAGGUUGUGGCAAAUCUCAUCAAGAUGUCAUCUUUCUCCUUAGCCAAGAUGAGUCUUGGAACAAUUGAAAACGAUCCAGUCAAACCCAGAAAGCUUGAACCUGCAACAAGCUUUGUCGUGGUUGAGAAAAAUCCAAUGUUAAGGUCACAAGAACCAGUGACAAGGAAGAAGAAAUUUUCCUACCUGGUUGAGCCAGAUGAAGGUUAUCAAUCUAAGGUUGUUAAGGAAGAUAUGAAUGUUGAUGGGAAGGCUUCUGAAUAUAUAAGAAAGGUGCACGAGAAGAACCAGAAAUGAUCUGCUUCUGAUACCUAAGCUUAAUUACACACUACAUCCUGCAGUCUCUGUGUUCUGAAGCAGUUGUCUUCUUCAUCUUGCUGUGUUUAUAUAUGCUACUAUGUUUAUGAAAAUAAACAGAGAAACUAGACCGUGUGUAUUGUAUCUUGCUUGUUUGCACAAGUUAAUUAGUUAGUGUUUUCUGAAA